GGCACUGUCACACCUGAAAUAUCUUGAUAAACAACAACAAGCUCAUGACGUCUAAUGAUCAACAGAUUGCAGCAACUUUCACCCCAAGGCGUUCUUCGUAUCAUGGGACAAAAACAUUGGCUGGUGAAGUGUACACAAGGUCAGUUCAAUAAACACCAUCUGGAAGUUACUUUUCCGAACUUCAUGGCGUCCACACCAUCGAGCAGAACCUUAAAAAGUCCAGUGAAUGUAGCAAAGCCCACUGCAAAACUCCUCCAGCGCAAGUCAGUGAUGCUGGAUUUAUUUGGAGAAUUGAUGGACUCGAGUCUGACCAUCGACAGGAGCAGCAUAGCAAGCGGUGCCAUACUAGUCACCCAUGGCGAUCCUAAAAAGGUGGCAGACACCAUCCACAAAGUGGUGGGAGAAAUAAACGUGUUAGCCGCUGAAAACGAUGAACAGGUUUUAAAUGUCUUGAACUCACUAAAGGAAAAAUUUCCCGGUCAGUUUGACACCGACUUUGAACGAAGCAGUUCGACAUAUAUAUCUGCGUUUCACAGAAAGGUGAAAACUGAGGUUGAGCCAGAGAUCGCAUCUCUAGCCACGAAGACAGGUCGCUUUUCAGUGUCCAGACAACACAUGAACUACUUGCAGUGCCAUCUGGAUCACUUACAGGAGGACGUGCAUGCGUCUUGGCCAGACAGUGGUGUGAGCAUCACCGUGCAGAUGGAGGACAGAGGUCAAGGAAGUCUGUUAGUUUCUUCAAAAAGAUUCGAUUUCGAAGAUGUAAAAGGCUUCAUAGAAAAUUUCGCAGCAAACGUUCAACAAUUUUCGAAAGAUGUGGAACCUUCCCGCGCGCUGUUCUUAAGCAGUGGCAGAGGUCAGAAGGAGGUCAGGCGGCUAGAAAGAGAACACAACUGCCGGGUGUCUGUCCUUUUACCUGUACAUCAGGUGUUGGUGCGAGCUGAGUGUCCCAGAGGUCAUCAACUGUUUCUGUGCGAGGGCAACAUGGCUGCGACUGACUGCAGUGUUUUGGUUUUUCCAUUCAGAGACAAUGUCAGAGAUUGGCCGCCUACACAGAGACUGAUUCUUGAAAGAGGUCUUCUAACAACUAAAACUGAGCUGUAUGCUAAAUUUCUCGGAGGCUCACCCAAGGCUCACAGACUGAAGCUUCAAUCUCAGAGACCAGAGGAUGAACAGACCAUCUGGCUGCUGUAUCUUCCCGACAUCCCAGCCUCACAUCCACUGAUGCCUGAAGAGCUGGCUGAUGGACUGGCUGAGGCCUUAAGGUUAACAUCUUCAUGUGGAGCAGGCUUAGCUGUUCCCCUUGCCAUGAGUGUUAAACAUUCACUUGAUGAGAAUCUGAAUAGCAUACUUCGUGUAAUCGAAGAUCACUUGAAGGAAAAAGAAAACUCUGAAACUAUCUUCCUCUACCUGGAAAAGUCGUCUGCUUCUGUGAAGCAAACCCUUGUCCAAGUCAUGGAGAAAGCGAUGAGUAAUCGCUGGAAGAUAGAAGCAGACCUGGUUGCUGUUUAUGAGAAGAGUCACUCAUCGUCACCAUCGCUUGUCAUUGUUGGCCAGACACAAAAUGUCGAGACAACCUUUAGUAAGUUGCAGACCAUCCUUGUACCCAGCGACUUCCAGGAACGAUCAUGUAUACUCGACACAGAAAUUAAACCUGGGUUGAGUUUGUGCAGACUUUCUGAAUCCAUGACCUCGGAACUUGGAGCAGGAAGGGAUGCAAGAGGACAAAAAUACAAAGAGAAGAAUGAAGAAAAGAAAAAGGAUGAAGAAAAGCCUGUAAGAACUGUGGAAGUUAAUGUUGGCGACAACAUACAGACUGAGGACACAUACAUCUUUUACUUCGAAACAAGGCGGCACGGAGGAGGUGAUGUUGAGAAGGUGGAGAUUGAGAGAGAGAAGGGCAUCGUCCGUGUCACCUUUGUGAAGCCAGAGGUGGCAGCACGCGUGGCAAGUCAGCAACAUAAAAUCGCAGGUCAACCUGUGGAAGUGACCCUGUAUGUACCCCCAAUACCCAAACCUCCAUACCCAGACAAGCUGCUGUUCCACAACGUGGCAGAGAGCACAACACGUGACUGUCUGGCCAUGUAUCUGGAGCGGAUAACUGGACAGGAACCUACUGACCUGAUGUAUGCUGAUGAGGUUGGAGAUGUCCUUGCUGUAUUUGAUGAAGACCCAGACUUCUCAAAGGUGCAAGAAAUGUGUCGACAGAAAAAAUUGGAAGGGAGACAGAUCUCAGUGUCAAGGGUUCCCAUCUCAAACUGCAUGCUUGUGGAGAACUUAAACAAAAAUACAACAGAGAACACCAUUUUAUUCUACUUCGAGGGCAAGCGAAGUGGUGGUGGUCCCGUGGAGAAAGUGGCUAUUGACCAUGAAAAUGGCAGGUGUCUGGUUUUCUUUGAGAACUAUGAAGUAAUUGAAAAAAUCCUAGAAAAGUCCCACACACUUGAUGGAAGUCAGCUGAAAGUCAGGCUGUACAUGGAGUGUCUUGGACCAUCUGGGGGCAGAAGAGAUGGCAAUAUUUUUGUUCUGCCCAGACCUGUAGAGUUUAGAGAGGUGGAUAAAUACAAGGUGGCGUUUAUUCAGCAGUCAAGUACAUUGCAAGGAGGACUGACCCAUCAACUCACGGCUUUGCAUGCCAAGCCAAAGUUCUCAGACAACACACUGUCUGUAGAAUGUACCUUGACAACAUCAGUUGAGCAUGCACGUCUGCUGGCUCGCACCUGGACCAAUGAUGUCCAGAAUGCUGUUAACUUCAUUUUCAGCAUGGUUGUCGUUUUUCGUCAAGAUGUGGUGCAGGAAAUAUGGGAUGAGACAGAAAAAUCUGUGACUACCAUCAGGCCAGUUAGCCAGGACUGUGCAAUCAUACUGACACUGAGUGAGGAAAAGAUGUUUAUAGUAGUGGGUGUAAAGUGCAUGGCUGAUCAUCUGAUGAAACAAGUCAAACGGAUUGUCAACCACAAAGAGGAAGAAUGUGAGCGUAAAAAGCAGGAAAUUACAGAGACCAACAGAAAUCUCAAACUGUUCCAGCUUCGACUUUUGGCAGCCACCUAUUUCCAGAGUGAAGCAGCCAAACUACAUCCAGGACUUAAGGUAGAUAUUCGCACAGCAAAAGGGGAGAUCAGCUACCAUGGCUUGCUCAGAGAUGUGAAAGAGGCUCAAGUUGAGAUGUACGAGCUCCUGCAGUCAGUCAGGUCUGAUAAAAUUACCAACAUGAGCAACCUGCAGAAAAGUCUUUUGGGCACCAAAGAAACACGGGAUUAUGUUGUUCAUAAAUUUAAGUCUGAGAAAAUUGUGGCAGUUUGGGAUGUGGACAGUCAGGGAGAGAUAAAUGUCUACAGUUUCUCUGACAAGUACCUAGUGAAUGCCAUUCACAUCAUGCAGAAGUCUCUUGUACAACACCAGCGCCCUCUUGAACCUGAGACAGCUGAUCUACUGAUGUCACCUGAGUGGAACCAGUUUGUGGGCAAAAUAACAGGUGACUAUGUUGGUGUCUUGAAAAUUGUUCAUCUUCACAAUGGUCAUCAGCUGUUUAUAGCUGGCACAGACAACAUAAUGCUUGCAGUAAUAGAGGAAACAGAGCGAUUCCUCAAAGAAAACACCAUCUACAUGCUGAGCUACCACUUUUUUCCAAGUCUUCAGAUUUUUGUCGCCAAUUAUUGGCGGGCCAAGGUGAUGAGGAUGAGCAACAAUUUGCGAGCCUACAAAGUGGAGGUGAGUUUAGAUGAAUCUGGAAAGGAGUUUCAUAUCCGUGGAACAAAAACAGGAUUAGAUUUAAUGACAAAAAAUUUCGAACAGCUGGGUUCAGAGGUGAAGUGUCACAUGCAAACACUGACAGACCCAGCAAAGGUCAGGUUCCUGUCAACUCCCAACUGGGAGAAGGAACUGGAGAAACUUGGCCGCAGCACCCAGUGUGUCUUCUCCUUGAAAGAGGAGCCUGUGGACUUGGUGGUGCAGUCAGACAGUUCUCAGAGAAUCACCAGUGAAGUGGCUUCAAAACCUUCAGUGAACCCCAAAAGUCCAAACUGGUCUUCAAAGCAAGCUACUAGUGGUUCUGUUCGUCGCAGUCCCAAAAAAUUCUCCAGUUCAUCCGAGGUGGAGGUGACAAAGCUCUUUGUGUAUGGUGAAUCUACAGAAAGCAUAAGAAGGGCUCUCAGACGUUUUGAUGAUCUUGUGAAGGAAAGUUCACAAGCAAAGAAACUGUGGAUGGCAUAGUACAAGCGUCAACCUGGUUUGAUGAUGUUUUCUGGAGGUAGCGAGAACUCGUAACAUGUCAGUGGACCUCUGUAGACUACAGAUGAACUCUUGACAUAUUAUACUGCCCUCAGCCACACACACAUGCAAUGAUUGCUUUACUGAUUGACUGUGUGACUCCACAGUUCACAACGCGUGAUCUUUCACCUAUGAACUCGACUAUAUACAGUAUAUACACAUAUGUUGGGCUCUGUCGUCUGCUGUGUGGUUAUUCUUGUGGCAGCCUUACCUCGCGAAAUAAAGUCUCACGAUGAUUACUGACUGGACACUGAGGUUGACGAGUAGAUGUUUGUGUCACGAGGGACUGGACUUUCAUCAACCUGCUCUCAUGUUGACCUCACCCUUCUAAGUCAAAUUGUAUUUCUCUUCCUUCAUUUAUCUCAUUACUGUUUCUGAAAAUGCAAAGUCGUAGGACAUCAAAGUUUUUUCCUUAACGUCUGCUCUUUUAUGUGAUUAUUAGUGUUAUUAGUGUCUCAAUUAAAAAAGAUCCACUUGUUUAAAAUACAGUCCGAGGUUUACAAGCAACAUCUAUGUAGCACAUCAGUAGCGAGACCAUAGCUCUGUCAUUUAGUGAAUGUUUGUUGUCGAAACUUUUUCUAUACUAAUAUUUUUAUAUAUAAGACAACAUUUAUAAUCAAGACAUAGACUUGUGAAUACAUUGCAUAAAGUACCGAUUAAUUUUGUAAUAAAUGUACAAU